AUGCUAAAGCAUCCACUUCGAGCUAGAAUUCGUGUUUUGCGUUCACGCCACUUUAGAUCGUCUCCACCGUGGGCAUCUACCAUUUUGUGGCGCCGCAAGGUGCUCCCUUACUUUUGCUACCCAACAUCUCCGAACCACGGAUAUGCUACCUUCUCCAGCGACACCGAUGAGUACGAGAUCGAUUUGAUCACGUUGAGGAGAAAAUCGCAAUCCGACAACUCUGACGUGGCUCCUUUCUCCACUGUUUUGGAUCCAAACGGCCCAAUCAAUGGCAAGUAUGACCCUGAGGUGGUUGAUAAGGUUCUCAGAGAUAGCACUGGAAGCGAAGGCAACAAUGUUGAUGCAAACGUGACUCCCGCCACAAAGGAGUUUGUGGACCGCUAUCAUAGGGAAUUGAAUCUUCUUGACGAGUUUAUCCGUCUUUCGUACGCCAAUACAAUUCCUGAUAUCUCCAGACUCACCCCGGUGGAGGUAUCAAACGUGCUAUACAUAUUCAGAGGAUUGUAUAAAAAGGGCAAUCUUGAGCUCACUGACGGUGCAGACUUGAGGGCCUUAGAUGAUAUGGUGGACUCGUUUUUAACGUUGCUCUCGGAAGCGGCUCCCACAUCCAGAAGCUUAUCUACGUCUGUGCAGAUGCUCUUGGACCAGAAGGCCAAGAAGCCAUUUGAUGUAGACGUGCUUAGUUCCGGAAUCGGCAACUUUUUGCCUGAGUUGCGUGUUUUGACAAGAAAGUACGACUUCAAUACUCUUGGCCUGGUGAUGCCUAUUGUGGAGAAGAUUUCGGUAUUGGUAACUGAAUUUUCUCGUUUUUUGUCCGUAAAUGGCGCUGCCCACAACUAUGAUGCUGAUUUCUUUAAGGUUUUGAUUUAUGUUCUGCGCUACAAGCACUUGAAGCAAGCCUUGCUUGAUCACAGUGAUAUAUCCCCCAAGGCGCUCUUGGCAAUUGCCGAAAACCCCAGCAGUGCUGAAAUUCAAGACAAGAUUAAAGCGGCGACCGGUGAGCCACAAAAGUUGAUUGAUUUGAUCAGCAACUCGAGCAAGACCAUCCUGAAUGUGAUUUUUAGUAAUUUGGGGUUUAAAGAUGCCGAUGCAACAUUUGCUGCCGUUUCUGCGGAGACCGAGAAGGAUAUUUAUUCUGAGAAGGAGAGACACCUUCUCGAGAGCUUUAUCGAAACCUAUUUGCCGUUGGUUUGUGGAGGCGUGCUCGCCAUUGAUGCUUUCAAGGAUUCCAGCUUCAGCAAUGCUCUUGUUCGUUUCGAUAACAAGACCAUCACGCCUUAUGUGGUGCUGCCAAAUUUUUUUGAUAAUUUUGAGUUUUCUUUGGCAUCGCUUUUGGGUAUCACGUCUCGUUUCCAUGUUAUUCGUGCCAUUGCACCAAGCUUUAACGAUGAACUCGCCGAGCGCUCUUUAGAUGAUUUGACUGAAGCAAUUGACAAGCUCGCAGAGAAGUCAAGUCCGUUGAUCUUACACGAUGCUGCAAAGGUACAUGAAGCACUUAACCAUUUUCAGAGACACUCUACCCGCGGGUUUUCCAUCUUUGACAAGUUAUUGCGGAAUCAGCACUGGGUAACCGCUUGGGAACGUCAUAAUAUGAUUGCCGGUAAGUCAUCUGAGGAUACCUUCGAAAUUGUUGAUCUCACCAAUGAGGCAGAGGCUUUGAAGGAAGCCGAACCGAAGACUGUUAGUGCCGAAGUCAUACAAAUCGACGGUAAGUCCCUAAGCGAUUUUAAAGAAGAACUCUUUGAAUUUAGAAAGCAUGACUUGAGAAAUUUCAAUUUUGCCGACAUCAGCUUCGUCAACCUCUUGAGGUAUAUGAACACUGCUAUUGCUAAUGCAACUUCAGGAAAUGAAAGUUCAAAUGGAUCUGCUAUCACUUUAAAGAAUUCAGGGUCAUUUGGUCAGCUUAAAGAGCUUUUGGCAGCAAACUUGGAGCCCAACUAUAGUAAAACGAAAUUUCUCGACGAUCUUGUGGCCAAUGAGUAUGCCCCUAAGAUGGCUUACCAACAAAUUCCCGAAGAGCUCAAGAUCCAUAGCUUCGUCAAGGAACUUGAAAUUUUGAGGAAUGAUGAGCUCAAGAAAUCAUUUAAGGAUUCUUCUCCCAAGGAGAUUGUUGCACUAGUUGACCGCAGAUGCACUGAAUUUUCACAAGGUUUAGAGAACCUGAACCCCACAUCAAGGAUGUGCAAGGCUAACUGGGCUGUGUUCAUGAAGAUGGGCGGUCGUUUGAAGAGACUCUUUUCUAUUAAUGGUGGUAACACAGAGAUCUUGGAUGCCGUAAUCAACUCGCAGUCUGCUUUAGAUAAGCUCGAAGCAAAGCUUGCUAAGAAAAAGGCCGAGGUUACUGCGCAAAGCGAUGUACAAGCUUCGGAAAACGUUAGUAAGUCUUUGUACGCUCCUGGCCCGUACGUACAAAUCCCAGAGAAGUUGGGCUUGCAUGAUUUUGUUGAGCAACUUGCCAUCUUUAGAGAUGAGCUUCAGAAGCCUUACAAGGAUGCUAGUCCCACAGAAGUGCUUGAUUUAAUGGAGAAAAGAACCAAAGAGAUAUACAAUGAUGGAAAUUCGAACCCCACUCUGAGAAUGAACAAGGAUAAUAUGGUAUCUUUCAUCAAGCUUCAUGCCAAACUCAAGAAACUUUUGGCUUGGAACGGUGGUAACACUGCAAUUUUGGAUACUCUUAUUUACUCCCAGAAGGUGUUCGACAAAUUUGAAGCUAAGAUCUCAUCAAAGUCCGAAGAAUCUCAAGCGACAGAGCAAGAGCAAACUCCAUACAGACAAAUCCCAGAUGAUGUAUUGCUCGAGGAGUUUGCCAACGAGCUUGAGGAAUUAAAGGUUGCGCUUGGCUCUAACUUUGGCGACAAGACAGCAUACCAGAUUUAUAAAGAAUUGGAUAGGAUGAUCAACAAUGAAGAGGAUUUCGAUAAGAAGCUCAUCUUGCAAAAGCUUCAGAGAAACAUAAGAAUGCUUUUGAAGCACAAUGGGAACCUGACAUUCGCGUUGGACACUGUAUUGAUCAGCCGUAAGGUCUUUGACAAGAUGGAUGGCAAAUUGUCUGCAAAGGAGGCCUCCAAUAACAAAUUUAUCAUGAGUGACUUCCUUGAGAAGAAUCCUUCCAGGCAGAAGAAGAAGCAACUCAAGUACAAUGACGCCAGCGAAGUAUUGGCGCUUUUGAAUAACAAUUCUACGCACGCUGAUGUUGAGCUAGAAAAGAUCAGAGCGGAAGCGUCUAUUCAAGAUGCAUUGGCAUCCGCCAUGAGCCAGGAGGAAGCAUACUUGAAAGAGGAAAAUCCCGAAGAAUACGCAGCUAUCAAUAGUUUGACUGCUCAGAAGAUCAGGGAUUCAUACAAUAAGAACGCAGAUACUAAGGCUGCUUCUGUGGAUAAGGACUCGCUAGAGGAAUUUUUGAAGUCUGCUAAGAAGGACAAAGAGAGCAGCGAAGCAGAAAAAUUCCGUGCUGAACAAGCUUAUGAAUGGAGCAAGAGCAUGUGUAAGAGUAACCGGACAUUAGAAGGGAAGAACUUCUUCAAUCCGAUGAAGAGUGGCAAGGGAUUAACGCACGAAUUCCUUGUAUUGACUUCAAACGGUGAAACUAUCUAUUCAAAAGAGAACCCUCUUGGCCCCGAUCACGUAAAUGAGGACAUGGUGACAGUGUUAGAGCGGGUCUCACCUGAAGUCCUCAGCAAGGUGUCGAAGCAAAUCAACAAACUUCAGAGGAAAAACUGGAGCGUCAUUGGAGGUGGCGACAAGGAUCGUUUAGUUGUUGUAAGCAGACCCGUGGCGGCAAGAGGGUUCAAGGUGUGGAGGAUAUUGAGAACACUAUUCACCACCACAGGCAUGGUGUUUGUUGUGAUGUUAGGGCUCCACGUUUGGUUGGACGAUGUCGAAGAGGGCAACGCACCCGAGUUGGCGUAUCCGCCUAGCGAGAAUCUCGCCGUGAUGGAGCAGGCUGACGUUGACGAGUUCGAGGAGCAACACGAGAUUAAGGAGUCAUACGAGCCUGGUGUCACCACGAAAUCUCUCUGGCAGAGAUUGUUCUGGAGCCGCUAA